AGAUAAAACCACUUGCUUAUCUAGAUAACAAUCCACAUAUCUUGGAACUACAACAUCAUGGAGCUGAUUGCGUAUUGGAAUUUUGUUCUCAGUAUUUUGUUCAUUUUCCCAUAUGUUUUUACAGACAACAGCUGUAUUCUUCAUGCAGACUCAUUUGAGUCUCAGUUUUGUGACCUGAAAGAUGAGAUUACAGCAAUGAGUGCAAAGUACUCUGACCUAACACAGGCACAAAAAGACAUCGCUAACCUGAAACAUACGGUCCAGUCACAGACUGCCAGGAUACUGGACAAUGGGAAUGCCAUAGCCUCUUACCAAAACUCCAAAAACCUCACCGAUCAGGUUGGACAGCUGCAGAAAAUGGUAACGGAUUUACUCAACAGAACAGCGGAAAUAGAAGCAAAGGUUACAGGUCCUGUAAAGGCGUGCGACUCCAGUCCCUGUUACAACAAUGCUUCCUGUCUAGAACUGACAGGCGGCUAUUACUGUGCAUGCCAAGGGAAUUUCACCGGGAGACAUUGCGAACAAGAAGACCAUUGUGCAAUAUCUCCUUGUCAACAUGGUGGCACAUGCUACAGCAACGCCAUUUCUUACAUCUGUAAUUGCACCGUCGAUUAUGGCGGCCCAACAUGUAGUAACAAGCUGAACCCCUGUGACACGAACCCGUGUCUGAACGGGUUGUGUACACCACUGAACGACACCUUUCACUGUUCGUGUGAUGCAGGAUUCUCGGGCGUCAAUUGUAACACGUCAUUAGUAACCUCUAGCCCUGUAGUCCCCUCCUCUACUUCCGGUGCCAUAGUGACGUCAGCGGCAAUCAAUACAACUGAACCGCCGACUACCUUGCCGAGUGUUUGUGACGGCCAGCCUAAGUGUAACCCUCCCGCCACCUGUGUGCCUAGCCCAAACUCUAACGAUUUUAAGUGCGAGUGUCCCCAGACGCCCGAGACUUUGGCGGAUGCGUGCUGGGAACCUUCCUACUUAGAACCUUUUGGAUUCUGCUGCAGAGUCAACAUUUGUGUUAUCCCAAAGCCAGAUCCGGAAUGUUGAUAUCGAAUUAAAUUUGCUGACAGCUAGACAGAUGUCAUUACGAGGGUACAUAGGUGCGAUAACAUCGGACCUCCGUUACCUCAACUUACCUACUGCAUGUUUAGUAAAACAGUGAAA